AGCCGGGCCGGGCCGGGUCGGGCCGGGCCGGGCGGGCCGGGCCGGACCAGCGCUGCACCGGCCCCGGCGCCAUGUGAGCACCAUGGCCCGGCAGAGAGAUCUGGACAGGCUGCUCUCGGACCUGCGGUCCUUCCUGCUCAUCCUGGACCGGGAGAACCUCAGCGCCACGGCCCAGGCCAAGAAGAAGUCGGUGGCCGACCUCCUCCGCAGGCUGCAGAGCCCUGCGUCGGAGGACGCCGAGUACAUGAUCAUGCGCUGCCUGGCGCCGUCCUCGGGGACCGGCAGCCUGCAGGGCCGGGCCAGCCCGCGGCCCCGGCCAGGAUCUGGGACUCCGGAUGCGCUGGGAGGGAGAGCGUGCGAGUGCCCCCCGGCCAGCGCCCCGAGCCCGCCUGGUGGGAGCGAGGCGCCGGGCGUCCUGCCGCACCUCCGGAGCCCGCCGGCCGAGGACUCCUACGAGGAAGCUGAGCCCGUCCGCCCGGGAGGAGACGUCGGCUCCGCAGGCGGCACCGACAGUGACAGCAGCCACUACGAGUCGUACGGGGAGGACGAGGAGUGCGCGAAGGACCGUGCCCACUACCUGCGGUGGCCGCCGGCCGCGGGCCCCGAGGCCGAGCCCCCGGCCCGCCCCGAGGCCCAGCUCUGCGGCUUCCUCUGGAGGAAGCGCUGGCUGGGGCAGUGGGCGAAGCAGCUCUUCGUCGUCAGGGAGCACGUGCUGCUGUGCUUCAGGUGCGCCAAGGACCUGCAGCCGCUGCUGCAGCUGGACCUGCGGGGCUGCCGCCUCGCCUACAAGGCCAAGCCCGGCAAGAGGAUGCAGCACGAGCUGAAGGUGACGGGGACGGCCGGCGAGGCCCUGGUCAUCGGCUUCCAGAGCCGGCAGCAGGCCGAGGACUGGAGGAAGGUGAUGGAAGAAGCGAGCAGCGGUUCUGCCGGCGGGCUGGCGGCCCGCAGCCUCCCGGCAUCGCCCGCCCCGCGGCUCGGCACGGUGAGUCUGGGAAGCCGAGGCGCGGCGGGGCGCGGGGCUGCGCCUCCGAAGCCGAGGGGCGCGGGCACGGCUCAGCCCGCCCCUCUCCUUCCCCAGGCUGCCGCCCCGCGGCUCGGCUCGGCCUCGGACCGCUCGCCGCGGAGCCCGGCCCGCGGCCCGCGGCGCGGGGCCGGGGCCGGCGACGGCGAGCGGGGCCGUCCCCGCGGGGGGGAGCCCGGGGGCGGCGCGGCGGGGCCCGGCGGCUUCCUGGCGGUGCGGCUGAGCGGGCGCUGGCAGCGGCUGUGGUGCGCGGUGCGGCAGGGCGCCCUGCGCAUGUUCGCCGAGCCCGGCGGCGCCCAGCGCCCCGUGUGCGCCGUGCCGCUGGAGGGCUGCGAGGUGACGGCGGGGGGGGCCGCCGCCAGCACCCCCCGGCCCCUCCGCAUCCGCCUGGCCCAGCGGGGCAAGGAGCUUGCCGUGCUGGAGACCCGCUCGGACGAGGAGAGGGAGGCCUGGCUGAAGACCCUGCGGGCCCGGGGAGCAGCGGAGCCGGGCGGCGAGCGGAGCCCCGCGGACAGCCCGAGGCUGGGAGACGCCGGCAGCUGCCCAGCUGCGGGCGGGCUGCUGCUGCGCCGCUUCCCGACCCCCAACGCCUACAUGGACGACCCCUUUGGGCAGCUCCCGCCAGCCGCGUCCCCCGGCCCCGUCUACUCCAACGCGGAGCGGCUGCAGCAGCUGCAGCAGAGCUUGGACUGCGCAGCCCGCAGGCAGCACAGGAGACCCCUGUCCGCUGUGCCCACCGGUGCCUGCAGCAACGCGGCAGGGAGGGCCGUGCCCUCGCAGGCAGCAUCCGCUGCGCCCCGCCUGGGCAAGGCUGCCAGCCAGCAGCGGGUGGAGGUGAGCCCGGAGCUCAAGAACAGGGAUUUCUUCCGGUCCCAGCGCACGCUGACGCUCCCGGAGAGGAAAGGGGCUCGGGACGGCUUGGAUUUCCUCAUCGGGAAGCGAGCGUUCCCCAAGCUGGAGGAGAAGGUGGGCCAGCUGGAGAGGGCCUGCCGCGGGAAGGGCAGGCUCAAAGCCGGCUCCGAGAUGAACCUGCUGGCCAUCGGCAAGUCGCUCAAGGGCCACAUAGCCGCCACCGCGAGCUCGGCCGGCUCCGAGGGCUCUUUCCUCACGCCGCUCCUGCGGCGCACAGCCUCCGCGAAGAGCGCCCUGAAGCGAGCUCCCUCCGCGGUCACCGGCGAAAAGGGGAAGGUGCUGCAGAAGAGGAAGGAGUGGGAGAUGAAGUCUGCUAUGUGACCAGCGCCGCGUCCCCGGGGGCGGCGUCCCCCUCGCGCACCUGCCCUCCCGGUCCGGGCGGCUCUCGGCGCGACACUAACGCUGCACGUGGAUCGU